UCAUUCAAAAAACCGACCGGCCAGAAAAGUGACGAUAACGAAAAUCGACGGAAAAAAUCAAAUCGACGAAUAAACGGAGUUGAAGUGCAGGUGGUAACGCGAGCUCGAUUUUCGGGAAGUUUUCGAGGUUUUCCGAGCAUCAUGAAGUCUUCGGUGGCGGUGUUCGCUAUGCUGGUGGUGGUUUGCGGGUUCAAUCACGUCAUCGCCAGGCCCAACAGCAGAAUAAAAAGGGUGUCUGAUUCUCACCUGGCAGAUCUCGAAACAAAAAUCGCCAUGAAUAACAGAAUAAGGGGCUUUGCAAUAACUCUACCAAUAGGAGGAGGAAGGAUAGAUCCCUCUCAAAUUUUUUGUCACGUUUCAGUUCGUGUCGUAGAGGGAAAAAAUGUUCGAAUCGUAAAACGGACCGUAUCGGGAAAAACGCCUUUGAAGAUAGAGAAAAGGAUAGUUUACGAAAGAUUCCCUAGCAGCCUUUCGGGAAAUUCGAUAGCGAAACUUAGGCAAAAUCACCUCGAUGGUAUUAAGAAAUAUUUAUUUAACAAUUUGGUGAAGAGUAUUAUUAUGAUGUAUUAAGACUUUUUUUUUAGUUUUUUAGUAAUUUAUUUAUUGUACUCGUGCAGAUAUUUAUUUUUGUAAUAAAAACUUUUAAUGCGA